AUGAUUUUAAUGUAAAAACUAGACGAAAUUAUACAUUAUAGUAUUCGUAUUUUGAACCUAUUGCUGUAAAAGGAACACCUCAUCCUUGCGUAGUUUAUUUACACGGAAAUUCUUCUAGUAGAUUAGAAGGAUUUUUGUGGAUGUGGAAUUAGUGAAGGUGAGUUUAUAUCAUUAGGGUAUUUCGAAAGAGAAGAUACGUUAAAAGUAAUAGAGCAUAUCGAAAAUUAAGAUAAAAAAAUAUCAGAAUUCGGAAUAUGGGGAAGAUCUAUGGGCGCAGCGACAUCUUUAAUGUUAAAAAAAAAAGCAGGAUUCGAUUUGGAAAAAUGUAAUCCUUUAGAGGUUAUUAAAAAAUUGAAAUAAAAUGACUCAUUGCCAAAAAUUAUGUUUUUGGCAGCUAUAGAUGAUGUUUUGAUAAAGCCAGAACAUUCUUAAAAACUUUUUGAUGCAUUUAGAGGUUCAAAAAGAAUUAUUAUAUUUGAAGGUAAUCAUAAUUCAAGAAGAAGUUAAGAGAUAAAUCAAGAAUUUUAAUUUUAUAUUAUUUAAGGAUAGUUUACAGGAUGUGGAAAAAUGAUCAUGGAAACUUAUAAAGAAAUAAUAGAAGGAACUACUAAAAUGAGAGAUAUUCCUAAAAUAAAAAUCGAAGUCAAAAAUUUCAAUACUGCAAGCGAGUUUUGUCCUUAAUGUGGAUAUUUAAUAGAAAUGCCAAUUUAUUCAGAUAAAGUAGAAUGCAAUAAAUGUGAAUUUAUAUGUUCUGUUUUGGAAUAUAAAUGUCCUCCAAUUAUUUCUAAAAUAUAAUUUAGCCAUAAAAAACCAUGGCUUGAAUAAUAUAAUGCUAAAAUUAGAGGUGUUGAUGAUAAAGAGUAAAAUUUCAAUUAAAAAAAAGCUAAAAUUAAAUCAGAAUGUCCUUAAUGUGGAUAUCAUACGAUGUAUUUUUGGACUGUAUAAACAAGAUCUGCGGAUGAAGGCUCUACUGUUUUUUAUGAAUGUGCUGAUUGCAAGCAUACAUAUACAUAAAAUAAUUGA